CUACUAGCUAGCAGUAGUGCACGUGAUAUCAACAAGACAGAACCUCUACAGAAGUACUGAGCUGUCUCACAACAAACGAUCACCAAGCGUAGCUCUAAACAAGGGUACCCUAACAGUGUACUAGCUGCUGACAACUCUAAUACAGAUAUGGCAACUAAUGACAGCAAUCCAACUAAAGUCAAAGAGGGCUGGCUGAACAAACGAGGUGAAUACAUCAAGAACUGGAGACCACGAUGGUUUGUGCUUCUCUCUGACGGAGCGUUUCAGGGCUUCAAGACAAAGCCAGCCGCAGGUGUAGAGCCCCUCAACAAGUUCAAGAUUGAGCCUAACGUCAACAUCCUUGCAAAUGAUAAAAUCAAGAAGCACGCAUUUGUGAUUCGUGUUCUCCAGUGGUCCACAUUCAUCGACAGGACAUUCUGUACAGAGACAGAUGGAGAAAGGCAAGAGUGGAUUGAUGCCAUUUCAAGAGUGUCCAAGGACAUACAGAAAAAGAUGGGCUCUGAUAGUAGCCAUAAAGCAAAACCCUCGGGUGGUGCAGCUGGGGCGUCCGCUGACGGCAAGGGAACAAAGACUAUGGAGGACUUUGAGAUGCUCAGAGUUCUUGGAAAAGGCACAUUUGGAAAAGUGGUCAUGUGCAAGGAGAAGAGCAGUGGAGAGAUCUACGCCAUGAAGAUACUCAAGAAGGACGUGAUUGUAGCCAAGGACGAGAUAGCACACACCCUGACUGAGAACAGAGUCCUCCAAAUGGCCAACCAUCCUUUCCUAACUUCACUAAAGUUCUCGUUUCAAACCAAUGAUCGUCUGUGCUUUGUGAUGGAGUACGUGAAUGGAGGAGAGCUCUUCUUCCACUUGUCACGAGAGAGGGUCUUCUCUGAGGAGAGGACUCGCUUCUAUGGGGCUGAGAUCACAAUGGGUAUUGAGUACCUGCACACACUGGGAGUGGUCUACAGAGAUCUCAAGCUUGAGAACCUUCUGUUGGACGCUGAAGGUCAUAUAAAGGUUACGGACUUUGGCCUUUGUAAAGAGGAGAUCACAUUCGGUGCCACCACCAGGACCUUCUGUGGUACACCUGAGUACCUUGCUCCUGAGGUCUUAGAGGAUAAUGAUUAUGGCCGUGCUGUGGACUGGUGGGGAGUGGGUGUGGUCAUGUACGAGAUGAUGUGUGGGCGUCUGCCAUUCUACUCGAGAGAUCACGAGGUAUUGUUUGAGCUCAUUCUGGUAGAGGAGGUCAAGUUCCCAGCACGACUGUCCGAGGUGGCCAAGAGCUUACUCUUAGGACUCCUCACCAAGGACCCUAAUAAGAGAUUGGGAGCUGGUGAGGGUGAUGCUGCAGAGGUGAAGAAACAUGCGUUCUUUGACCCUAUCAACUUUCAAGACCUCUACGACAAAAAAAUUGAAGCACCAUUUAAACCGGAGAUCACGUCUGAGACUGAUGUGUCAAACUUUGACCCCGACUUCACCACAGAGAAGCCACAGCUAACACCACCUGAUGCCUCUGACCCACAGGCACAUGUCGGUGAUGGUGUACAUUUCCAUGACUUCACAUUCGCCCCAGAGAGCGGUGCUAAUUUCGAACAAUAGCAAUUCCCCCAUAGCUAGCUUUCUGUCCAGUGUGUGCAAACUCAAUACAUGUCCUGUACUAGCCAUAGCAGUAAUUAUUAUUAUUAUUAUUAUUAUACAUGUCAUGUGGUAGCAUUUUUUUUCUACGUGUGUGUGUGUGUCAUAUCUUUUUUAGUGGCUGUCAACAUGACUGCUGUGUGUUUUUGAUGUACAGAAUAAACAAUAUAUUGAUUUUGGACAAUAAAAA